AAGAAAUAUGGCUACAAUUCUCGGUAGCUCGUUCUUACCGACCAGAGUGAGGAACCGUAUUGAGGAAUCGUACGAGGAACCAACUUUUGGCAAAUGUGACUGUACUAGUUACAGCUAUCUUGCCCUGAGCGUCGUUCUAUUCACCAUUGGUACAGCUAUCACUAUUUCUGCUUUGGGUGAGGUCGCAGACGGACACGUAUUUUUGAAUCUUGGUCACAUGUGGCUUAUCGGUCCAAUAUUCAUCUGUUCCGGACUGAUGGUAGCCAUCAAGUGUAUGCUUUAUCUUCGAAGAAAGUCCGUUAUACAAAUGAUUAUUCAUCAGCGACAAUUGCUUAGGCAGGAGUUGAUGACCCGUGCUCGUGGUAUGGGGCACAUUGGUACAGUAACUUCAGGUCCGCCUUCCUACGAGGUAAUUGUCCGAGAAAAUUCUAACGAACUACCGCCACCUUCUUACGCGGAAGCGAUAGCUCUUCUACAGAGGACUAUCGGGAACGAUGCCAAAUCGAGUUGUGAAACAGUCUCUUGCAGGAAUAUUGCUAUAGCUGAGAACAUAAGGCAAAAACCUUGAAACGGAUAUUUCUUCCGAUCAAAAGAUCGAGGAUCGCGAAGAAUUGCAACUUCACUUUUUUAAGUGCAAAUAAUUGCUCGUUUCUUCAUUUUCUUUCUAUAUUAAACGAGCUUUUUUUACUAUAAACUAAUCGCAGAUCCGUUGCGUAAAUGGUCUCUAUCGCACGCUGUAUUAGUUAACGGGCAAUGAAAGAAGAGU